UCUGAAGUUUACAGUUAAAUAGAAAAACGAAGUGAAAAUUCAAAUGAAUUGUAAAUAGAAUAUAUAAUGUCAACAUAUAGUCAAUCAUUCGCAUCGCCAACAUCGGAGGCCGACUACGUUCGCAUAGACGCUGGCCAGGGAGGAGGAGAAGCUGCUCCCAAGGCCAAGGAGAAGCAAUCGAACGACAGCAAUGCCAGCCAUGUCGGGAUUGCCAUUGAGGUGAGAAAGGAAAGGCCAGCGCCAGAGUAUUAUUACGGCGCGCAGAAGGUGUAUCGUGAACGAAAAUUUCGACGCAGACACGCAGAUACGGACACGAGCGAGGAUCCAAGCGAUACGAACGAUGCGCCCAUCUAUCCGGAGGAUCGACCGCCAGCUCGUGUUGCCGUCAGCAAAGCGGAUCCCGACAACGACAACCUGAUGAUCUACAUAAUACUCGGCUAUAUAACGGGCAUAGUCCUGGUGCUCUUUUGGCAUUUGCUGCACCAUCGCCGGGAGAGCGCGGAGCUGAAUCUCAGAUGGUUCUUGAUCGUGCUGCUGGGCCUGUUGCUGCUGAUCAUCUUCUACAGCCACUCGACCAGAUGCGUCGGCAUCUUGGCCCUGACGCUCAUGUGCAGCUACAAGGGCCGGGCGCUGCUCGUCGCCUUCGCCUUCAUCCUGGCCACCUUGGGCCCCGUCACGAACAUUAUGCGCAACAUUGAGAUCGUGGCACAAAGCCUUUCGUGUGGCCAGACGCUGCUCCGGAAUGCGCUGACGCCCAUGCACGAGAUCAUGGGCGAACCCGUCUACGUAGUGGAGCAGGCGGUCUACACAUGCCUCAGCCAGGUGCGCAAGCUAAUGGAGCGCUUGGAUGCGGUCUUCCAUCGCCAGGAGGUCGCCAUUGUCCAACUGCAUGCUGGCUAUAAGGGCUGCGAUCAGUGGCUUAUACUCGAGCAGACUUUCUUCGACAACCAAAUGGGCUCGCCCCACGAUCGGUGCUUGGGCGCGAGCACGAUCGGCGUGCAGGAUUGCAUGGUGAAGUUUGCGAAAAACCAAUCGAUUUGUGAUCUGAAAGGGCGCUUUGCAUGGUUCUGUGAAAAUCUUAAGGACUUGCCCAGCUUCUUUGAUAUCCAUUUGAAGGAGCAGGAGCAGAUUGUCGAUCAGGUGUUCGGAAGACCGCUGGAGAUCUUUGCCAGGAUCAGGGCCCACUUCGAGGUGAGCAUUACGUUCGAUCACAGCGCCGCGCCCAGCAAGGAACGUGGCGCAUUGCUCAGCGAUCUGGAUCAGAGGAUCGCCAUGGAGCUUGAACGAGAAACGAAACAUUUGCUGCUCACAUACAUCUGGCUGGAUCUGGUGAUAAUUACCCUGCUUAUUUUAAUAUUCGUGCGCGCGAUAUACUUUCGCAUGAGCUACCUGGGUAGCGACAAUUAUCGCAAUUUCUACUUGACCAAGGAGUUCUAUGCCUACAACAAGAUACAGCUGAUCAACUAUGCCAACAAUGCUCUGCCCCUGCGUUCCGCGGAGCGCAACACAUACGUCAAGCUUAGCUCGUUCCGCCUCGUUUCCCGUGAGCUGCUCUAUGUGAAGCGUUCUCUGGUUUUCCUGAUCAUCAUCAGCCUGCAGCUGUUCAUCAUCUGCUUUGUGGACUAUAGCAUCUUCUGGAUGCUGGCCAUCAUGUCCUUUCAUUCGCACAAAACGGCCGAGCUGCAGCCACCGGCUUAUACGAAGAUUGUGAUUAGGGGCGGCGGCCUGAUCGGUGACAUUUUGCGUGGUCUGGUGCAUGCCUUUGAGCCCUUGUCCAAGAAUCUGAUCGUGGACAUCCAACAUUGCCUGCCGCUGCCCAGGCCGCCGAAGUUUUUGCGCUACUGGGAGAUCAUGAUGCUGUGCAUCCUGGCCUGGUGCCUGCUCUUCUGGGAGCCUUACGGCAGACGUCUGCGCCACAAGAUCAUGGCCAGCAUGUAUCCACACAAUGCCAGUGUGCGUGCCGCCUACUUGCAUCGUUGCCUGCUGCUAAACAGAGAUAACUUUAUAAAGAUCGCCAGACGCAAAGCGCGUUCGCUGAAUUAUUAUUAUAGCGAAAACUCCGUAUCCAAAUACCUUGGAAUUUAUCGUGGUAAAUUAUAUAAGGUAUCCUGCGGCUAUUCGGGCACCUACAAGGGCAAGUACUGCAUUAUAUGCAUUGCAAGGCUGACCAGAUCGGAUUAUGUAAAAUGUAAUACGACGGGCUGCAGGGGUGUGUACUGUACGUCAUGCUACUUGGAAUCGAAUAGCCAUUGCAUUUUGUGCAGCUUUCGGCCCAAUUACGGCGAUUUCAGUGAUAUUACAGAUAUUGGGGAUUCAUCUGAUGAGCCGGAAAGCGCAUCGUUUCGUCCAGAUAACAUAUAUUGCGCCCCAAGCAAUAAUCAAAAUAAUCGACAAAAGUCUGCAUAGACUUGUGAAUUUUUGGAAAAUGGAAUCAUUUAUCCUCCUAGGAGGCUUAUAAUAAUAUUAACAGCAUAUGAUUAAAGCUUGUGCUGACUGCGUUCUUUAAGGUUUGUUUAUUGAUCGUUUUCUUUUGCAUGUUUCAGUUCGUGCUUGAAUUAUACAAUAUCGUGCGUGGAAUAAAGAC